CCGCCGGCGGUGGGGUCCGGGGAGGUGCGCGCGGCGCAGAUUGGAAUUCGGUGCUGGGAGCGCGCGGCGCGGAUUGGAACUCGGUGCUUGGAGAUUGGAAUUCGGCACGGGGCGCGUGAGGCUGGAUAGACGGAUAGACGGACGGACCGGCAGGUGGAGGACGGAAAUUGGAGAAACAAGAACAACUUGCAAAUGAGGAUCUAUAAAGGCAUUUUCUCUGUGCUUGUGCUAGUUAAUGCUCACCAGUGGACGGAUUAACCUACCCGUUGCUAAACAGAUGCAGCUUCCAACUGAGCAUUAGUUCAUGGAGCUCAGACGGCAGGAUCUUUAACCACCUUUCCUGCUGUCAUUUUCUGCUAUGCCAGAGAUGGUGCACUAAAUCAGUUUCUGAAGAAGGCUUGAGUUGUAAUUUGUUUGGAAUUGGAGUGCUUAAUGAAGACUCGAUGAAGAAUUGAGCGAUCGCUUUGCUUUUUUUCUUGAAUAUUGAUGUGUGAACGGCUUGAAAUGAUGCUGACACGGAGGCAGAGAGACUGAAGUGGCUCCCCAGUCUCCUGGUUACAUUGAACUGCUCUGCCUUACUUCAAGAUUGUUCUUUCUCUCUAAAUUUGGAAAAAUAGAACGCCUGAGAUUUUCUUCUCUGAAUUGAGAGUUUGCAAUCAUGCUCAUCAUGGUAACAAUACUUUUAUUGAUGCUUUGUAGUAGCGCUGGAACUGAUGGUCAGCCAUGGGGCUACACAGCUGAAAAUAAAGCAUUGGAGUUUGGGUCUGUACCUGCUAGCAACUAUGUGACUCAGGUAUAUUACGAUCCAGGACUUGAAGGAAUCCUGUUCCAGCUGGCACGUACAUUUCUGCAUGUCGUACAACCAAAUCCUUUUCCUCAAGAAUUGAUCAUUGAGGUAAUAAAGCAGAACUACCAACACGUUCUUCAGCAGUAUCAAGAGAUAAUCUACUAUGAGAUUGGUUUCAUCAUCUGUGCAGCUUUGGGAAUUGUGUUUAUACUGCUCAUGCCUAUUUUGGGCCUGUGUUUCUGCAUGUGCCGUUGCUGUGACAACUGUGGAGGGGAGCUGCACCAGCGGCAGAAGAAAAAUACUGAUUGCAGAAGAAGCUGCUUUGCAACAUCCUUGCUGCUUGUAACGGUACUCAUAACGGCAGGGACCCUGUGCAUGUUUGCAGCAAAUCAAAACCUUACCAACCAAAUUAAAGGUGUUAAGAAGCUGGUCAACAACAACUUCCAGGAUCUACACACUUUGCUCGAUCAAGCACCAACACAAAUAAAAUAUAUCAUACAUCAAUAUGACACAACCAAGAACAGAGCAUUCUCUGAUCUUAACAAUAUUGACCGUGUACUUGGUGGUAAAGUGAGAGCUCGGUUUGCAAAGGAUGUUAUUCCUGCGCUGGAUGCUUGCUUCCACAUGGCCAAAGCCAUCAGAGUAAGCAAGGAAGCUUUAGAGAAGGUGAUUGUCUCCAAGCGAACAUUAGAGGAAGCAACCAGCAAUCUGCAGGGAAACCUGACUGCUGUACGAACAGAUCUCGGCAACACACUGAAUGAUGCAGCUUGCAAAGCACCAGGAACUGUUGACCAAUGUGAUGACAUAAGGGCUUCACUGGACACCAUCAGCAUCAAUGCAAAUUUUAGCCAGUUAGAUAAUGUGGAUUCUGAACUUGCCAAAGUGAACGAUGUGUUGAAAACUGACUUUGAAGACUUGAUUCAGAAGGGACAUGCAUCAUUUAACAAAACUCCAGAAAUAAUUGAAACUGAAACCAAGGCAGUUUCAGCAGAUGUAAAGAAGGUUCUCAAUGAUGUUGGUAAUAUGGUUUCAGAUUUCAGUAAGAAACCAGCUAUUGAUGACGUGAUCAAUACUUCUACUGCGUAUCUCAAUCAGGGUCAGAGAUAUUUUCUUGAGUAUCUUCCUUAUUUGGAAAAGUACGAUUUCUACAGAUGGCUCGGUGGAAUUGCACUCUGCUGUUCAGUUGUGCUUAUACUUACUUUCAACUACCUUGGUUUGCUGUGUGGAUCCUGCGGCUUUGACAAGCAUGCUUCGCCAACCACCAGAGGCUGUGUAUCCAACACGGGAGGCACCCUUCUUUUAGCUGGUGUUGGGGUCAGCUUCAUCUUCUCCUGGCUUUUGAUGCUGGUAGUUGUGGUCACAUUCCUUGCAGGAGGAAAUGUAGAAAGACUCAGCUGUCAGUCUUUUAAAGACAAGAGUUUAUUUAAGCUUUUAGAUACUCCUUAUUUAUUGAACUCGCAGUGGAAAAAUUUCCUUUCUGGAUAUCUGUUUUCUGACUACAACGUAAACCUCACCUUCGAUCUAAACCUCACUUUUCAGAGUGUGUACAGCAAGUGUCGCAGAAAUGAAGGAGUAUAUUCAGCCUUCCAGCUACAACAUGUAUUCAAUAUUAAUGAUGUAAAUUUCAAUGCAUAUACAGCUAAUGUGACGGACAAAUUCAGCAAUGUUGAAGUGAACUUUAGUAGCAUAAUAAUACUGGAGGAAGAGGCUAAAAUUGGUCUGCGUGAUUUCACUGAUACUGGCAUUGACAAGAUUAAUUUUGCUGCCUAUUUCAAUGAGAUUAAAAAAAAUGUGACUAAGGUGGACCUUGGGGUAUUUGCAAAUGAUCUAGUAGCAAAAGCAAAUUCACUGCCCGCAGGAGCCUUGGCAAAUGCAUUAAGAGGAUAUGCAAACAAUAUUCUGGAAAUAUACAGGCAGCAAGUGAUACCUCUCGAAGCAGGAAUGAGAUAUGUUGAAGCACGGAGUACGUUGAAUCACAGUAUUGGAUUACUGCAGAACAUAGCAGCAGGCUUAAAGGUGAAAGUGGAAGGUAUAAUUACUGCUGUUGAAUCUGCUCAGUAUCUAAUUCACCACAACGGCACUGAGAUCGUAAAGCAGGAAAUCUAUCACUUCAUGAAGAAUCUAAUUGGCUACUUCAAAGAAUAUUUAGAGUGGACCGAAGAUGUUAUGAACAAUGAAGUUGCAAUCUGUAAGCCCGUUGCUAAUGUGGUGGAUACAGUUGACAUGAUACUAUGCGGUUUUAUUGUGGAUUCCUUGAAUGGAUUUUGGUUUAGCCUUGGGUGCUGUACAAUAUUUUUAAUUCCAAGUAUUAUAAUUGCUGUGAAGUUGGCCAAAUUCUAUCGACGGAUGGAUACAGAGGACGUAUAUGAUGAUUUGGAAAAUGGUAGUAAUGGUUAUCAAAAUGAGCAUUCACAUGAUAAUCAAAGUCCAGUUUUAAUAAGCGCUCUACCAUAUGAUACUUUGACCAGAUUUCCCAGGGCUUCUGCUCCGCCAAAGCAUUCUGGUUGGUGAGACACACCUGUCUUUGGGUUUGUUAAGCAGUAUAAUGGAAUACUGGUAGAUGAACAGGGCAGCUUCUUGGAGGAGAAACGUCACCAGUUUAUGGGUGCAACAACAGCUUCACAGAAGGCCUUCAAAUGAUUUCAGCCUCGUCAUAGUCAAUAUGCACCUUAUUAACCACGUGUUAAGAUAUAUUGGGAAUAAACAAUUGAAGUUACAGUGUACUUACAAAAAAAAUGCCUUGGUCUAUGGUCAAAUUGUAUCAACGUAACUACAAGUCUUGCUCAGUGAUUGAUUGAAAGAUAAUCAGGUACUAUUUUUCCAUGUCACAGAGUUUUGUAUAAUUUUCAAUUUACGAUUCCACAACAACUGGUAUUUCAGUCAAAUCUUUUCCUUUUUGGCUUGUAACUUGUUACUUUAGCACUUUUACUAACAUUUUUGUUACAUUUGUUCAUGUAUAAUUUAAAUUCUGAGCAGUUUAAAACAGAUUUUGGAUAACUCAAGCUGAGUGAAAUUGCGUUUUGUAAUUUUGAAGGUAGAUUGUUUUCUAUACGUAAACUGGAUUGGGUAAAAUAUUUUACGUGAAACAAGUUUAGAAGUGUUAAUGCAAUAAUACACUAAAAUUGGAUUUGUGCUGUUGUGUUGUAUGGACGGCUGUUCAAACUAAUGAAGAGAUUUAUUUUAUGUGAAAGUAGUUUAUGAAUCCUUUUGUUAAAUACAUUGAAAACCACACUUCAAAAGCCUGUAGUAAACUAUUAUAGGAGAAAUUAAGAAAACUUCUGAUUGGGACUUCAACUGUUUUCUUUGAAAAUAUUAAUAUAGGUGCACAACCUUUUAUCCGAAAGCCUUGGGACCAGACACUUUUCGUAAUUCGGAAUUUGUCGGCCUUCGGAAUGGAAAUUUUUUAGCGUAGAUUUUAAUGGCUGGCUCAGUGGUAGAGUGCUCGGCUCAUAUCCGCAAGGUCGCGAGUUUGCGCCUUGAUCCCGGCAGUUCCUCGGUCGCGAGUGAGUCUUCAAUGUAGUUUUUUCUUGCAGAAUAAAUGUCUGUAUGAAAUGCAGUGUGUUGAAUGAAUUCCUGAAUUUGUAAAUGUGACCGCAGCAUUGAAUCGCGUCUCGCACUCAUGUCACCCUAGCGGCCUAAGGCGACAUUUUCACACUCUUAUAUCCGUGUGCAGCAGAGGCGACGUGCGUUUGGCGCCAAACGUGAGCUUUGGCGUGCCAUGUUUAGCGCCAAACGUGAGCUUUGGUGUGCAGACGACAUCCUGGAAAAAAUGUCCGGUUUCUUCCAGGUAGGCGAUAUACCCUUCCGGGCAAUAUACCCUCCACUUCUCUUUUAUGAAGGGGAUUUAGUUCCCCUUUCUUCCAGGACCGACCAGAGGUUCCGCUGUCACCUCUGCGGGCCACCCUUGGUGAACGUCCUGUCUCCCUGCCCCUUGGAUAACAGGGGGCGAUCAAACAGCACAAUACCUCCCUCCCCCUCCAACUCCAGAGGAAUCCGCUCCCCGAUGGGCCGCUACGGCGACAAGUGGCAGUUCGCCCACAGCCCGAGCUGCGCGACCCCAAGAACAAGACGUACCUUGCACACCAUCAGCUUCUGCCCCUACGGGGAGCAUGUUCCUCUGAAGUUGGAGCGAGGCUGGGCUCGAGUUGCUGAUCUGGGAUCUCCAUGCUUGCAGUGGACCUGGGGGUCGGUGUCCCGUUGGUCCUGACGUCUCCGGUGACUGGCACUGUAUGCUGGCAUCGCCGACGUGAAGACAGUGCAAAGCCCCCACGCCGGUGCAAUGGGCGGGGAGCUGGAGAGGGGAGGGAAGGGGUCACACACAUGGCCGGGAAGCAGAGGGGUGUAGGUGGGGUGAAACUGCAGGGAGCGACAAUCUGCUGCUCCCUGCCCGCUGAGUUAAAAAGUUCCCACGCAAGACUCACGAUACACUGUGUAUCGUGAGUCUACCGUGGGAACUUUUUAACUCAGCGGGCAGGCAGCAGCAUAUUGUCAAUUAUUAACCCUCCCGCGCAAUAUACCCUCACCUUCUCUUUUAUGAAUGGGGAUUUAGUUCCCCUUUCUUCGAGGACCGACCGGAGGUUCCGCUGUCACCUCUGCGGGCCGCCCUCGGUGAACGUUUUCAAGGACCUUUGUUCAAGGACCGAAAAAAUGUCCGCUAUUCGGAGGUUUUCGUUAUUUGGAUCUUCGGAUAAAAGGUUGUGCACCUGUACCACUGUAGAGUAUUUCGGUGAAAUUGGUUAGAACAUUAAGUUAACAUGAGGCUGCCUGAACCUACCAAACAUGGGCAACAAUUUAAAGGAUACAGUAUUCAAAGUAUUUAAAUGAGUUUAUCUCUGUUAUUGUGUAGUUCAGUUGCUUCAUUGUUGGGUAGAAUGUGCAAAUACUGUACACUUUAAUUAUAACUUUUUUUAGAAUUUGUAAAUAAUGUCCAAAGUUGUAGAUUUAUGGGAUUUCCUCUAUUUUGAAUAUUCAAUAAAAUAUCUUGGAUA